CUGUGGGAUCUCGUGAGUGAUCUCCGUCUACCUGGUCAAGCUGUAUCCGUUCGCUACUAGGCAUAGUCGACGCCUGCGCAGGGAGGAGGCCGAAUUUACGGGAUCGCCGAUCGACGCUGGUCGCGUCGAACGCCGUUCAGUCUCAGCCCCGCUCGCCCGAAGCCGUAUACCACGGCUGUCCCUCCAGUACCGACGUCACUCAUCCUCGGACUCCCCUCUCACUCCGAUCUCCGACGCCGCCUCCCUCAACCUUGAGACUUUCGCCGCUAAUCAGACUCAAGAACACGUCUCUCUGUUCGACAUCCAGCUUGACCUCAACAUGCCGGACUCGACGCCCGGUUCAGCCGCUGAAGUGGAGCGCGAAAUGGAACGCAGUAGCCGUUCCCCUCGCGAACCUUCCCCCACUCGGAGCCAGCUUGGGCGUAACCGUCUCGAGACGAUACGAGUCAUGUACGAAGACGAGAUGUCCAACGCCGACGCUCUCCUACCGACCGAGCUUCGCUCCCUGAGGGGACGAGUUCACAAGUACGCCACCCGGCGUGAGUUGACGAUCAGCGACAUCGUGGACUGCGGCAGGGCCACGGGAACUGAUGAACCUCGUUACGCCGUCAAGUACGAUCUCACUAAGCCCGUUUUCGACACCGUCUCGAAGAUGCAGCUGGUACUCACCUCCCUCACCGCGUACCUGCCCGAACGCACCCACACGUACCAGAUCGACCCGAAGGACGCCUUCAGCCGGAUCCUCUUGCACGCCGCCUCCCUUCAGGAACUGCAACUCGCUUGGGUAGGCCUAACAGGGCGACUAAUGGGUGCCGAACGAGUGUACGAGAAGUAUUUCGCGGAAGCGCUGAGGGCGAACGGCGUGAACGACGCGGAGCUACACUCGCAACCGACCACCACUCCGUCGACCGUCUACCGGAAGAUAGAGGAGGAAGAGGAUCCCCACCGACGGCUGCGGUUAGCUCUGGGAGGGCUGCCCAACGCCAGGGCGGCGACGGAUGGGCCCCGCUCAGGGAGAGCGGUCGAGCAAUUCCUGGACGCAGACGUCCGGGAAAUGACUCGGGUACCGACCCCUAUCGCGAGAGCCUUCCCUCCGCGCGAAGCAGAGCCCAACCCCGCGCUCGUCUACUACGACGAGCUCGAUCGGAGACGGGAGAUACCCCCGAGGACGACGUACGAAAACCCGCUGGGGUAUUCGCCCGUGGACUCGCCGCGAGGACGUACCGAAUCGUGGAGGCGAGGCGUGGACCAAACCGCUCCUCCACAACCACCGCCUCUGCCGCCUCGGCCUCCAGCACCGCCGCCCCCGGCGCCACCCGUCGACAAAGGAGGCCAAAGCCCGCAUUCGUCAUCGUCUUCCAGUACGACCAGCCACGAGUCGUCAGACUCGUCGUCCUCCUCUUCGAGCUCGACGACAAGAAGAAGAAGAAGAAGAAGGGCGCGGAAGGAGGAGGAGGGGGCGAUCCCCCCCGGCGACGAGACGAACCCGGUCAACGCGUCGAAGGCGCCCAUCCCGGGCAUCAACCCCGUCAUCAAGCCCGAGAGCCUACCUUCGUGGGAUGGCAACCGCAACACGGCCAUGGUGUACUUCUGGAACAUCGUGGAGUUGGCGCGACAAGGGGGAAGGAUGCCCCAAGCUUUGGCGCGCAAGGACUACAUGAGGGAAGGGCACAGCAAUUACAUUUCGUCCAUCCGUCGGCAUUACCUAGGACCAGCUUGGAUGAGUGCGCUCUCGUCCGACUUCCGCAUGCAGCACUUCCGCGACCCGAAGAACCCUCGUGAAUCGCCGCAGGACUUUAUUCACCGCCGGAUCAUGUACUGCAGGUCGCUGGGCUACGCGACUGAGGACUCUCGGCACGAAGCGAAGUUGAUCAUGGACGUCGCCCCUAAAGGAUGGAAGCUGAUGCUGAACUUCACCUCCGUCAAGAGCACCGACGAGUUGCAGGCACGGGUCAUCGAGCACUCGGAGGACCUGGUGCUGGCUUACACGCGCGACAAGAGGCUCGAGACCGCAGCCGAGAGACCACCGUCGCGUCCUUCCUGGCGUGCGUCCGCUGGGGCCGCCAAGGACGUCGCGCACGCUUACGACGUGGAGACGAUGGAGGAGGAAAGCGAGGAGCUUCCAGUAUCGGGCGAAGGAGCGGAACCGGAAGGACUGCAACGCGACUUGUUCGCCGUCGCGUACGCGGUCGCCGCCAAGAGGGCCGCCGCGAAUACCUCGUAUUCUUUCCCGGCGAGGGACGAUGUCCUGUCUAAGGGCAAGAAACCGCCUCCCGGACCGUGUUUCGCCUGCGGCAGCCUCAAGCAUUGGAAUAAGGACUGUCCGCAUUGGAACGAGUUCGAGAAGCGGCGCCGGGAGACUGGCUUGCUGGUCGAGUCGGCCGCCGAUCUAGCUUACGACACGGCGUAUGUCCUGGCCGUGGAGCAGGGUUUUGACCGGGCGUCCCGAACUCUCGCGGGCGGCGAGCAGGGAAGGAGUAAGACCCAGGAGGAGACCGAAGGCGGUGACAUCGGCGAGAGGGAGGAGGUGUUGCUGAUGGGAGUUUCGCCGUUCGUGUCGAAAAUAGAAGAAAUUGCAGAUGAUUAUUGGCAUAGAGGGGAGUGUCUCCCGGUCGAGUCCGUGUACUACCUGGAAUCUAUAUGGGAAGGGGACGGUGACGCUGAGGGGCUGGAAGGACGAGGAGUUAAGGAGGAGAUCAACUUGGCUUGCGCGGAGGAGCCGCCACCUCUGGACGAGGCGUUGGCGGCCCUUAAGCCUUAUGAUCCAGGGAAAAUUCGUCUGGUUCCACGGAGGGGAGCGCUAAGAUUGCCUGAUGGCAAUACCUCAGUUCUGAGCGUGAGGGGAAGAGUGGGGUCUUCCCGCGACGUGGAAGUCGACCUAAGGAUCGACUCGGGCGCGAGCGUCACCCUGGUCUCCCUCGGUCAUUACCACAAGCUGAUAAGCCCGCCGCCGAUCCGAACUGAGGAAGGUUCGCGCCUGAUGCAGCUCACGAAGCGGGACGCCCCGGUGAAAGGGAAAGUGCGACUGUCAUUCCAGAUCUUCUGCAACGACGGCACCACGCUGGAGAUGGACUGCGAGGUACAAAUCGUCGAAGGAAUGACCGUGCCCGUCCUCCUCGGGGAAGAUUUUCAACAGGCGUACGAGUUGUCGGUGCGCCGUGCGCUGGAACUGGACGGGACUAGUUCCACGACCAUCGAAUUCGGGGGCGCGCCCGAACAUCCCAUUUCCGCUACUCCUGUACGACGAAGCCCCGACUACGACCGGGUCGCUAAGUCAUUUCUGGGGGAAAUGCCAGCCGAGAAGAUCGCGCGGGGGAGCUUCGUGUCGAGAGCCAAGCAGAAGCUACGGGAAAGAAAAAGGAAAGCUGAGAUCUUAGACUCCCUUAUCCUCGCCGCUAAGGACACCCGACUGCCCCCUAACACUUGCGUUAAAGUGGAGGUGCUCGGCCCCUUUGAGUCCCCGGGGGAAUGGGUGGUGGAGAAGAUCCUGCUCUCCUCCGACGACGACCGUUUUCUGGCGGUCCCAAACACUAUCAUCUCGUCGGCCGCCCCCUUUGUACCUCUGGCUAACCCGUCAGACUCACCCCGAAUGAUCAGGAAGGGCGAAGUACUCGGUCGAGUGAUCCCUGCUCAGGAGUACUUCGACAAGCCCGGGUCGCAGGAGAAGUUGGACAAGAUGAAGAGACACGCGGAUUUGAUGGAAGGAUUAUGCAGGGCGAGGAUGGCGAGUCCGGAGAACCAGAAGAAGACCAAAGCGCGAGCCCCAGACAAGGCGUGGAGGAUGCCUCAUCCGCAGAACUACGGAGCUUGGGCCGCCGCACUUGGGCCCAACCGCCUAAGAAGCCACCGGACAGAGCUGAGGAGGAGGCAGAGGACGAGUACGGCCCAAAGACAGCCGCUCUACCCGAGUCAGAACCUAUCCCCAGCGAGCAAUUCCGAAAGAUUCUCGACGUAG